UUAUUUCCAAGCCGGAACAAAUUAUGACGAUAUCCAAUAAACUUUGGUCCGGAUUUCCGAGUCAGAGCCGAAUCUUGAGGAUAUCUAGUUUCAAGCCUUUCGAACACUUGCAACUAGAUCUGACUCUCAGAGCUCGUCCCGGAUGGGGUGUAACAAGAUACAAAUUCAUAAUAUCGCUUAUAAUCCAGGAUGAACGACCCAGACGAUUCCAAAAAGCUCAAGCAGCUCGGCCCAGAGAUAACGUUCGGAGACGACAGCCUGAACCCUUCGGUAGUAGACCUACCCUAUGCCUACGACCAAGAUCGCAACAAAUCUACUCGGAGCACGGCAAACGAUGUCUACAGCUCUAGUGGUGGGAUCGAGAUGACCUCGUUCCGUCGGCCGUCGGCAGCCGCCGCCUCGGAACGAGAACGCUUCAGGAGGUUCUCUCAACUCAGCUCGAGUGGAGCCAGGCCCGAGGUGGAAUCGCAACAGACGCCGUCUAUACGGGAAUCCAUUUCUAGGAUAGAAGAGGAGCCUACCGGAGCUGAUGCUAUAGAUAGGGGUACUGUCGAUGGCGGUUUCGGUUGGGUUAUCGUGGCCUGCACCUUCACCAUCGCUUUCCACUUUCUGGGAUUCUUGUUCAGUUGGGGUGUGAUCCAAUCGGCCCUCCUCGAACAGGGUCUGGCUAGCACCAGGCUGCUCAGUAUAAUCGGUGGAGUCGCAACCUUUUGGAAUGCAGCUGGAUGUUUCCCCGCCGAACGCCUCGUCAGACGUUUCGGCAGACGGGCAAUAGGCUUGACAGGCGUCUCGAUGCACGCAUUCGCCUGCAUCGUCUCGAGCUUUUGUCCGCGCAGCUACGCGGGGUUGCUCAUCCUGCAAGGGUUGAUUCAGGGAUUCGCCUGCGCCAUGCAGUUCAUGACGGUCUACCCGUUGCCGGCAACGUGGUUCUUGCGGAAACGAGGGAUUGCCAUCGGGAUUACAUCCUGCGGUGGUGGCUUAGGAGGUGCCGCAUGGUCCGUGAUCGUCGAAAAGGUCAUUCAGAAGUAUGGGCUGCCUUGGGCGUUCCGAGUCAUGGGUCUGAGCUUGCUGGUGGCGGGACUCCCCGCUGCAUGGAUUCUGCGAGAUGGACCGAUUCGAUAUCAACGUCAACCUCAUCAGACUGUGAACGAGCCCAGCUUGUUACGCUCGAGACCGUUUCAAUGGUUUAUGGGCGCUUGUUUGGUGGUUUCGUACCCGUUCUUCAUUCCCGCCUUUUUUAUCCCACAGUACACCGUUUCUGUCGGAUAUGGCUCUGGCACAGGUGCCCUGUUCGGAGCUGUCUACAACUUGGCUUCGGGAGCUGGACGUAUCGGGUUCGGGGUACUGGCGGAUCUGGUUGUUGGCAGCCUUACCGCUUGGAUAAUCGCCUUGUUCUGCAUCGCGCUCAGCACACUGACGAUCUGGCCGUUUGCCACCGCUCAGGGAGCCAUCGUGAUCUUCACCAUCAUCGUCGGGAUGGGCUCGGGCGGCUUCUUUUCGUUGCAAGGAUCGAUCGUCGGCCAACUCGUCGGUUCUCACCGGAUCGACAAGGCCAUCGGCAUCAUCGAGCUGAUCGAAAGCGUCGGGUUCUUCGCUGGUCCCGUCACUGCCGGUCUGUUACUAGACGCCUUUGGUGGUCCUGAAGCGGGGCCUGCUGCGUAUCGACCUGCGAUGUGGCUCGUUGGGGGAACGUCUGCGCUGGCCGUAGUGAUGGCCAUCAGGAUGCGAUGGUUGUACGAUCCCAAAGUUUUUGUCAAGGCGUAGUCGCGCCCUACAUUCAUUAUCCUCACAUGCAAAUGCACAUUUUUCUACUUCUAUGUGUUGGGUAUACAAUCAGGCCUCGUUUCGACGACACCUAUGCCUGCGCUUUCAAGUCCUUGAUAUGCU